AUGAAGCACAGAAAUCAAACUGUAGUGACUGAGUUCUUCAUGGGAUUAACCAGCUCCUUCCAUCUCCAAAUUGUCGUCUUCCUGAUUUUUCUCUGUGUUUAUCUUUUAACUUUUCUGGGGAACCUGGGAAUGAUCAUGCUCAUUUGCCUGGACACUCGACUCCACAUCCCCAUGUACUUCUUGCUCAGCCACUUGUCCUUUGUGGAUGCCUGCUCCUCUUCAGUCAUCAGUCCUAAGAUGUUGUCCAACAUCUUUGUGGAGAAAAAAGUCAUCUCCUUCCUAGGUUGUGCUAUCCAGCUUUGUUUAUUCAGCCAGUUUGUGGUGACAGAAUGUGUUCUCCUGGCUUCCAUGGCAUAUGAUAGGUAUGUCGCUGUCUGUAAGCCUUUGCUCUAUACACUCAUUAUGUCCCAGCAGGUUUGUGUGCAGCUAGUAACAGGGCCUUAUGGCAUAGCCCUUAUAAGCACCAUGGUACAUACUACUUUUACCUUUAUCCUGCCCUACUGUGGUCCAAAUCUCAUCAAUCACUUUUUCUGUGACCUUCUUCCUGUUUUCUCUCUGGCAUGUGCAGAUACUCAGGUGAAUAAACUUUUGCUUUACAUCUUGGCUGGGAUCCUGGGUGUAUUCAGUGGUACGAUCAUCUUGGUGUCCUACAUUUACAUUGUCAUCGCUAUCCUGAAAAUCCACUCUGCUGAUGGGAGGCACAAAGCCUUCUCCACCUGUUCUUCACACCUGACAGCUGUCUCUAUCCUUUACGGGACUCUCUUCUUUAUCUACGUAUGUCCAAGCACCAGCUUCUCUCUGGAUAUCAAUAAAGUUGUGUCAUUAUUUUAUACCAUUAUCCCCAUGUUGAACCCAUUCAUCUAUAGCCUGAGAAAUAAAGAAGUCAAAGAUGCAUUCAUCAGAACAUUUGAAAAGCAAUUUUGCUACAAUUUGCAAGAUAAAAUAUUUUAG